AACAGCUUCAGGCCAGCAUCGACUCCGCCAUCGCCGUCGCCCGCGCUCAUUGAGGCGUGCCCGAGACUUUGAUCGCGAGAAUCUCCUCUUGAACGACGCUUCAGGGCACAAUCUCCAGCGCCUGCAGGAUGAACGGCUUCGCGCCUCCUUUCCCUCAGCCGGCUUCGGCCUGGCAAGAGCACAAGACGCCAGAAGGCCGGGCCUACUAUUACAACAAUGUGACCAAGGUGACGCAAUGGACCAAGCCGGAGGAGAUGAUGAGCGCGGCAGAGCGCGCUCUGCAGUCCCAGCCAUGGAAAGAGUAUACCGCAGAGGGGGGUCGCAAGUAUUGGUACAAUACCGAGACGCAGCAGAGCUCUUGGGAAAUGCCCGAAGCAUUCAAGAAGGCUUUAGGUUCGACUGGUGGGCCGAGCAACCCCGUUCCCCAGACUACUCCAUAUGCGCAGGGUGGCGGUUAUCCAUCUACAGGACAUGACUAUCAACGCGAUUCCCGCGAUGCUCGCGAUUCCCGUGACAAUCGAGAACCCUAUCCCGAAUCUCGCCAGUUGACAUAUGGAAAUGAUUCCAAGUCACAGCAAGCCUUCGUCCCCGCCACGAAUGAUCCGGAAUACGCCACUCUCGAAGAGGCCGAGGCAGCUUUCGUUAAACUGCUAAAACGAAGCGGCGUCCAGCCAGACUGGACUUGGGAGCAGACCGUUCGUGCCAUUGCUCGGGAUCCCCAGUUUCGUGCUAUCAGGGACCCAAAAGACAGAAAAGAUGCCUUCGAGAAGUACUGCCAGGACGUCAUCCUCCAAGACAAAGAGCGUGCCAAAGAGAGGCUGACCAAAUUGCGUGGUGACUUCGAGACGAUGCUGAAGCGGCACCCCGAAAUCACCCACUACACUCGAUGGAAGACGGCUAGACCCAUGAUCGAAGGAGAGACCAUUUUCCGUUCCACUAAUGAUGAGGACGAGCGCCGCCAGCUCUUUGAGGAGUAUAUCAUCGGACUUAAGAAGGCUCACAAAGAACAGCAGGCUAGCCAGAAGAAGAGCGCCAUGGAUGGCCUGAUCGACUUGCUCCCCAAGCUCAAUCUCGAGCCAUACACUCGCUGGGCGGAUGCUAGAGACAUCAUCUCUGCAACCCCGACCCUCCAAGAAAAUGAAAAGUAUAGAACCCUCAGUCAAUUUGACAUAUUGACUGCUUUCCAAAAUCACAUGAAAAGUUUGGAGCGAGCCUUCAUUGAGUCUAAACAGGAGGAGAAGAGUCGAAGAUUCCGCAAGGAACGCAAAGCCAGAGAUGCUUUCAAAUCUCUGCUAGACUCUCUCCGCAAGGACGGCAAGAUUAAUGCCGGCACCAAAUGGAGCCAGGUUAUUCCUCUUAUUGAAAACGACGAACGCUACCUCAACAUGGUUGGUCAGGCCGGAUCUACCCCUCAAGAGCUAUUUUGGGAUGUGGUGGAAGAGGAAGAGCGAUCGCUUCGCGGUCCUCGAAAUGAAGUGCUCGAUGUCCUCGAAGAUAAGCGGUUUGAACUCACCCCAACUAGUGAUCUUGAGGAAUUUCUGUCCAUCAUGAAAGAUGAUCACCGUACGGCUAACAUUGAUCGUAACACGCUCGAACUUAUUUUCAAUCGCCUGCGUGAGAAGCGCGCCUCGAAGCGCGAAGAUGAGAGACAACCGGAUCGACAGCAACGUCGGGCCAUUGAUGAUCUUCGUGCUUAUAUUAAGCGUCUCGAGCCGCCAGUCGCGCUGAGCGAUACUUAUGAAAAGGUACGACCUAGACUACUGAAAUCAGACGAAUUCCAAGCCGUCACUUCGGAAGAGUUCCGACGAAGUGCCUUUGAAAAACAUCUCCGCAGGUUACGCGAGAAGGAUGAAGCCGAUCGUGCCUACCGACGCCAUGAACGACCCUCUAUCGAAAGAGAGGUCUCGAGGCGUGAAAGGGAUCGAUCUCGCGGCGAGCGUUCACAUCGUGGUGGUGGCCGUGGCGGUCGGCGCAGCCGUAGUCCGGAGCCCGACGCGUACGAGGCAGACCGGCGAAAGGCGAUUGCUGAGCGUGAGCGAAACCAUCGCAAGUCGACCAUGGCAGAGAACCUCUUAUCGACUGACCGUGGUCGACUGUCGCCCCCGCCAUCACGCCGUGAACGAGAUCGUGACCUGGAUCGUCCCCCCCGUCCUAGGCGCGAUGACGACGCCUUCUAUGAUCGCGAGCGCAGAGACCGGGAGGAUGAGAGAGAACGUCUCUAUCGCCGUCGCGCCGACCGAGGUUCGUAUGAUGAGCUCCCCUAUGGAGAUGAACGCCCAGCAGCUCCUCGACGUCGUCGACAGGAAGAGGAAGACGACUAUGCCCGCCGGGAUUCCCGGGAUUCAAAGAGGCUCAGGAGAGAUCGAUCACGUGAGCGUUCCCCCCCUCGUGAUGGACGUCAACGCAACAGGACCCCCGAACCAGCCAAGGAUGUUCGAAGCGGCAGCGAAGAGGGCGAGAUUGAAGAAUAAUCGAGCCCUCAAGCCCGAUUGCUCUCACUUAACCCUCCGCUCUUGUCUGGCUAGUAAGCUUUUCUUCACUUGUAUUGCUGGACUUCUUUCGCCGCUUUUUUUAUUCCCCCAUCUCCGGAAUGUAAGAAAAUUUAUGUAGCUUUCAAACAAAUGACUAGAUCUGAACGUUGUAGUCAGGACAGGCUUGUUUACGAGAACAGCUUCGUGUAAUAUGUUGAAUCAGGGUACAUUAACCACUUUUAAGAUAGCUCAAGGAAAAGUCUUUAUCU